UUUUUGUGAGGGAAUUUUGUAUUUAUUUUGCUAUACUGUUUGUAGUAUUUUAGCUAAAAAUCAAUUAACAAGCAUAACAUAAAGAAGUAAUGGAUAAUACACCACGGUGUCCAUGCUGCAAGAUUUGUGAAGACUGCCCAUAUUUUCAAAAUGUUGUCAACAUAAAGAGUGCUGGUUUGGUUAUUUACCAUUAUUCUAGUAGUGGGCAAGGCGUAAAUAGUCGAACGGGAGAGACUGAAUCUUCUACAGGCACAUUGAUUCUACAUAAUACAAAAAACAUCGACAUUGCUUCAAAAAAGUUAAUUCCCAAACUAGAUCAGUAUAAGAAGUGUCCUCGUUGUAAAUACAUCCUUGAACAUGCAGAAAAGAUAUUGCUUAAAGUCCCUACAAUUAAUAAGCUCGAUGUUCUUGUUAUUUGUGAUAAGUGUCGGACUAAGGACUGUAAAUUUACUUCACCGUGUGAGUGUAGUGAAGCCAUAAAAAAGUUUAUUUCAAUCAAUAAAUACAAAAAAAAUAAAGCUACAGAGACUAAGGAAAAAAAAUGUAAACUGGAAAAUUUAUUAAAUCGUUCUAUCAAGAAACAUGAACAAUCACACAAAUCAUACGAUCGAACUAGAUCGGAAUCUUAUUUUAAAAAUACAUGCUUAGAACCAAUCAUACACAUACGUGCGCCUCAAGUAGACCAGUUAAUCGAAAGCAAAAAGGAAUUUUGCAAGACAAACCUAACUGGAAUUCAACAUGGAAGAAUCCGUUUUUCUAAAACUGUGGAUAAAAUUCAGUUAACAAACAAAAACUUUUUCAAUGCAGAAUUGGAUACGGACAAUACAAAAUAUCCACAAAGACGAAGUUCCAUAUCUCAAGAAUCUCUAAAUUUCAAUUUUCAUGCCGUAACGGACAAAACUGCUGAAUUACGAUCAUUAUAUAAAAUGUCUGAACAAAUUAAAACAGAUUUUCGUCCAAAUCGUACACGUGUCCGAAAAGAUAAUCAAGAUAAAGAACCGUCUAUUUUAGAUUUAAUAGCGGAACAAAGUGAGAAACCUCGUAUGCUAGAGACCAUGGAAACUCCUAGAAAAUCAACUUCAGUAAUAUCAGAUAUUAAACCUGGCAUUUUAAAGAACGAAACUGAUAAGAUGGUGCCAUGUAAUACUCUUCCUAAAUAUCCUUCUGAAUUUUCUCUUUUAGUUAAAAGAAAAGAUGUUUUAUAUAGAGAUUUUAGUUAUUUUUUUAUAAAAGAAGCUGAAAAAAUCACAAAAACUCUUCAUAAAAGCAAGAGUUCUUCAGAAUUGAUUAAAAAUACUCAAGAUAUGUUAAUUUCAAGAGAAAAUGAAUUAAAACAAAUGCUUAAAGAAGAUUUAAUUCGUAAAUUCGACAAAGAAGUAAGAAAAGAAAUUACUCGUAAAAGCUUGAUGAAACAUAAAGAAAACCAAGUAGUUGUAGAAAAUAAUGUAGGACUAGAAACAAACAAAAUACGGGAAGUAGAAUUGGAUGCUAGUACGAAGGAAACGAGUGCUAUACAAAUACUCAAAAAAGACAGACAAGCACUGUCGGAUAAAGGUAAAAAAAGCAUCACUAAAACAGUGUCAAAAUUUGAAGAAACGAAAAAGUUACAAAACCAAAAAGCAAGACAACAGAAAGAAGAUAACUUGGGAUUGGAAAAAGAACAAAAACUGCAAGAAAAUGAAAAACAAAAAAGAGAGAAAGAAGUGCAAUCCAAGAAGGAAAACGAAAAACGUGAAAAGAAAAAAGAAGAGCAAUCUAAGAAAGAGAUGGAAAUGCUUGCUAAGGGAUCAUCUACAACUGUACCAGAAAAGAACAAACAAUCUGGGAAAGGCACAGAAAUACGUCAAAAAGGAAAAGAAGAGCAAGGUGGAACAAAUAGAGAAACUUUACAAAAUGGUCGAGGUGGAAAAGAAAAUGAAAACAUUCUACGGGUAAGAAAAGAAAAUUCGAUGAAAGAGGAACAAGAACGUGAAAAAAAAGAGAAAUCAGUCAUGAAAACGGAAAUUGAAGAAAACAUAAAAAACCUAACUAAAAAACGGCAGUCAUUUAUUGAAAAAGGACAAUUACGGUUAGAAAAUAAGAAAAUUCAUUCGUCAGAUAGAGCGAAGGCUAAGGAAGAGCCUACAAUAAAAUUAAAAGCAUUUCAGGAAAUACAAAGUGAUUCUGACAGCAAAUUAAAUAUACCAGAACCUAAGAAAAUCACUGAGGAACCAAAAGUCAAAGAACUAAACAUUAAUCAAAUAAGAUUUGGCAAACCUUCUCCUGAUGAUCUAUUGUUACAAUUAGUUAAAAUGAAACAAACAGAAGAAGACAAAACAAGGAGAAAACCCAAAACUCUAUCAGAAAUUAAAAUACCUCUGGCGCUUAUUGUAGAACAUAGAAACCAUAAAACUAUUCAAAUGAAUUCUUGUGAUAUUUGCAAUGAUUCUGAAUUGGAGCUUGAUAUGGAAGAGAUAUUGUUAGAUAAAGCCAAAAGUUUGAAUAAAGCUGAUAUAAUUAUCGGACAAAAAAUCUUUAAAUAUAAACCUCCAUUAAAGUCUGCCGAAAAACCAAUCGAUCCUAUUUUUAUUUCGACAUUUAAUGACGAUCUUAUUAAUGCCAUUGAAAAAAAUACUGAUAAUAUACCUGCAGAAUUACUACGCAAGCCGCUACCUACGAUUGGUAAAAGUGCCGAAAAUGAAAAUUCGAAAGGUAUUAUACGUUACGCGUUAUCUGAUCGUACGUUCAUAGAAAAGGGUUGGACUAUGUUACCGACAGAAAAAGUGGUUAGAAAGAUGAAUGUUUAUCGUAUGCGACCAGCGCAUCCAGAAUUCGAUUGGUUUGAACAUAAUAAAAACAAGAAAAUAAUGCAGUACGAAACGGGUGAAAAGUUGGCGGAAUUUGAUGAUAACGGCCGGGGUAGACUUUAUUACAGGAGCGGCCGACUAGCCCUAGAUUACUACGAUGCAGAAGAGGUUAAUGCACAACAGCGUUUUGUUAUCCAUAGCAGCGGGGAGCUCGAUUCAAGAGGCUGUUCGCGUCCACUAGCAAUCCUUGCUACGUUCGAUUAUCUUGGCAACGGUAUUGUUUUCGACCAUACUGGUAAAAUAAGACUUAAAUAUAACCAGACUGAGGGUGUAGUACUCGACCGUAGUAUCGGGCCUGUAUCUCAUUGGAAAUGGCACACUUUAAACGAUCCUCCAGUACUACAACAAGUAAUGAUAGAUACUCAAAUGGCACACAAAGACCCCGACAUCCUCAAACUUGGUGGCCCUACGGAUGGGAAACCACGGCCAGAUAACGAAGAAAUGCUUGCUAUUGAGUUCGAUAACUUCAUAAAAGAGAAAAGUAAAAAACUGUCUCAGAAAUUCAAACCCUUCCAAAUAAAAAUGAAAGCUUUGAAAAUAAAUGAACACUUUUCUUUGAGAGUUUUAGACCAAGCUACAAUAUACUUGAUUUUCAGAGAUGGCUCGACUAAUAUUAAAUUAAACCUAGGAAUGAUACUGGAUCAUCAAGAAAUUGUGGAUACAGAUACUGCAGAAGUAGGAGAAGUUUUAACCAGUUUGGAAAGAUUUCCAGCUAGAACUGAUAGCCUGGCAGGUCUUCAAAAUAGUAUCACUUAUGCUCAGCGUGUUGAGCGGUCACGUGUAGAACGCGAGCGUCGGUUACGACCGAAUCAGCCAAUUUGUAGUAAAGAUAAACUAACCGCUGCAAUUUCGAGACCACUACAUACUCCAUUACACACGGUGGCAUCAGAUUCUACAGUUGCGACUUGUAAAUGCAGGAAACCUUCGUCUAAUAAUCUGUAUUAUGAUACGCGUUUUGUGUAAUAAAGUAAUAAGUACCACAUAA